AUGUGCAUCGCCAUCAUCUCCACCGCCCACCCCGACUACCCUCUCAUUCUCAUCGACAAUCGUGACGAGUACGUCAACCGACCAACCUCUCUCGCAUCCUUCUGGCCCUCUCAUCCCGACGUCUACGGCGCCCGCGACCUCCUCCGACCCAUCCAAGGCACGUGGCUCGGCGUCACCAAGUCCGGCAAGAUCGCCGUGCUCACCAACUACCGCGAAGGCCUCCCCGUUCCGAGCGCGAUAUCUCGUGGGGCCAUUAUCAAGAAGUUCCUAGCUGAACACGAUGGUUCUACCAAGGACUUUGUCAGCUCAAUGGUCAACUCCGGCAUCGUUAAGGACGCCGGCGGCUUCAGUCUUGUCUGUGGACGGAUCGGCGAGCGCCUUGCCAUCAUGUCGAAUCGAUCGGAGCCAGGCGAGCCAGUGCCGUGGAUCGCGGGCGACGUUGUGCAGACGGUCGGACUGAGUAAUGCUGCCUUUACCAACAGAACGUGGGAGAAGGUGUUGAAGGGUGAGGAGUUGACGGCUGAUGCUAUUCGGGAAAGUGUUGCCGCUGGCGAAACCGAGGAUCAGCUUGUGCAGCGGUUCCUUGACGUAUUGAGCACCGAUACGUUGCCGCGAAGCGUCAGUCUCGAGGACGGAGGCUUGGAUGCGUACAUCUCAGAGCUGAGGAAGACAAUCUUUGUGCCACCACUUGGCCGGAGGAGCAAGGCUGGCUUGGACAGCGACCAAUUGCGUUCUGCAUCCACCGCGGAGGAGACGGUCCAGAUCAUCAAUGGUGAGAGCAAGGCUGAGCUCGGAGUCGAUGGCAUCUAUGCAACGCAGAAGCAGAGUAUCGUACUUGUGGACAAGCAGAUGAAUGUACGCUUCUUCGAGCGGACCUUAUGGGACGGCAAAUCGGACAAAAUCGAGCUUGGCAAGGGCGAUGUCGAUGUCCGAUUCAAGCUCGAGCCUUCGGCGACAUGA